CGGAUAUUUUACUUAGGAAAUAUGGCAGAACAGGAAGUGGAAAGUAAAGAUCAUCAACGGAAGGUUGCCAUUGGCAUUGACGAGAGUGAACAUUCAGAACGAGCACUUCAGUGGUACUUUGACAACGUGAUGCGAGCAGACGACUAUCUCGUGUUGAUACACACUCCAGAAAUUUAUGAUCUCUCUAUGGCCAGCCCGGCUGUUGUUGAUCAGCUGCUAAAAGAUCUAACAAAGAAAGUGACAGCUCUAGAGAACAAGUACAAAGAAAUUGUACAGAAAAAGAAGCUGACGGGCAAAUUCCGGACAGGUCAGGGGAAGCCAGGAGAGGUCGUCUGCAAAAUCGCAGAGGAAGAAAAGUGCAAGCUCGUGGUUACAGGCACGCGCGGACUCGGCAAAGUCCGGAGAACAUUCCUCGGCUCCGUUAGCGACUACAUUAUCCACCAUUCACACGUGCCCGUUCUCGUAGUCAGAAAUGCAGCUCUUUAACACUUGUGCCCUUUUUUUCUUUGAUUCCUUGUACAUUUACUUGUUGACUGUACAUUGGACUCAGUCAUUAUCUGAAAUAUAAUAACAAACAGUCACAUGAAAUAUCAUUUUAACAUCCAUCAUGUGUAAUAUCAUUGAAACAUAAAUACA